AUGGUUAACUCUACAUUGGUACGUAAUCGAUUGCUGUUUGAAAAAUUAUCAUAUGAUCGUGAGUUUUUAAAACAAGAGGCUCAAGAGUUGUGUGGUAAGUUGACGGAAGAGCAAAGAUCGAUCUACAAUAUUGUGCUAGAUGACGUUUCCAGUAACCUGGGUGGUUUGUUUUUUGUUUAUGGUUACGGUGGUACUAGGAAAACAUUCAUGUGGCGAGCAUUAUCAUCUACAUUGCGGUCAAAGGGCCAGGUUGUUUUGAAUGUUGCAUCAAGUGGUAUAGCUUCAUUAUUGUUGCCUGGUGGACGAACUGCACACUCAAGUUGCAGGGUAAUGAAGCUCACACAGAAUUUGCGACUAAGCAAUGUCGAAAACCCCGACGAACGCCAUAUCGCCAAACAGUUUGCAGAUUGGAUUGCUACAAUAGGCGAUGGCAAGAUUGGUGGCCAUAUUGAUGGUUAUGCUGAAGUAGAAAUACCUAGGGAUAUGUUACUACCUUCCAAUGGUGACCAUAUUGAAACCAUUGUUCGGAGUAGAUUUCCGAUGUUUGCACAUGGUAAUUCUAAUGCGAGUUAUCUUCAAGACCGUGCUAUUCUGGCACCUACACUGGAUGUAGUUAACUCAGUUAAUGAGUAUAUGAGUGACCUGCAUACGGCUGAAAGUAGAACAUAUUUUAGUUGCGACACAGUAUGCAAAGCGGAUACAGGUAGUGGAAUAAUGGGUGAUGUCCACACACCUGAGUUUUUGAACGGCAUUAGAGCUUCAGGUAUCCCAAACCAUGCAUUGACUAUAAAAAUUGGGUCCCCAGUAAUGUUAUUAAGAAAUAUUGAUCACUCAGUUGGAUUGUGUAAUGGUACGCGGUUGGUAAUCACCAAGUUAGCAGACCGUGCAAUUGAAGCUGAAUUAAUAGAUGGUACUAACAAAGGUGCAAAAGUGUUGAUACCCAGAAUGUCAAUGUCACCCUCAGACACAAGAUUACCAUUCAAGUUUCAACGGCGACAAUUCCCACUAAUGUUAGCAUAUGCAAUGACUAUUAACAAAAGUCAAGGUCAAACACUGUCACAUGUAGGUUUGCUACUAAAAAAACCGGUUUUUGUGCAUGGUCAAUUGUACGUUACUGCAUCUCGAGUUAACAACCCAAGUGGGCUUAAAAUAUUGAUUGCCAACGACUCAAGGACAACUGCUACAUCAACAACCAACCUAAGAGGUCGAAUGUAUCGCAACGUGAACGUGACUACUGCCUCACAGAGUUGUGUUAGCGAGGAUAAUUUCGUUUCUCCACCUUUGGCCUUCCUUCAAAGGCUGCAAGAUGACCCACUGUGGAAUGAAUGCCCCUGA